AUGCCAACAACAGGUGACGCGAAUGGAGCAAUGAACCCGUUCGCGGCGCCCUUUUUCCCACUUGCUUCUUCCCAACCGAGCUUUGCUAUGCCGCGUGCCCAACAUUCCCGUCCGGGUUCACACGCUGAGAGACCUUGUGACUCCUCUUUGGCCCAUGGCUUCGCCUCAUUCACCACGCAACUCAGGUCUGAGGUUCCACAGGACCACGCGGCUACUAAUCGUGUGUGUGAUCAGAUACCCCGUCCCACCGCUCCGACCUCUGGCCGAUCUGCUCUUCAGAACCCUUCAGGUCAACCUACCGUUGAAUCUCCGGAGAGCAGUGAUCAUGUGCCAGAGAGUAAUCAAGGCGAAGGCGGAUCCGCCACUGAUGGAACCACCAUCGAGAGUUCGGGCCCAAGCAUCGGUCCCGAACAGCACUUUUUGAGUUCCCCUGAGACCAAGGUUCCUCAGACUCAUGGCAUGUCUGGCGGUCACGUUCCGUCAGACACAAACAACGAGGGCGCCCAAAACAAUGUUCCACAACCUGUUCCCAUGCCGGGCAUGCGAGCACCACCUUCGAUGCCAAUGGGGCCCUAUCCGGGUUAUAUGCACCCAGGAUUCCCUCCGCAUCCAUAUGCGCUGCCUCUACCUCUAUUGCCGCCACCGCCGCCGCCACUAGAGCCUUGCUAUCCAUUGCUUCGUCUUACUCCUUUACCAGACCGCUACUCUUUUGCUUAUAGAGUGACAUAUUGGCCGCUGAGACUUUAUUCUGCUCCAGGCACUGGCGCGCAAGGACAUGGCCAGAACCCAAACUUCCGUCCAGAGGAGAUAAAUUCCUGUGGCAGUGGUCCUCUCGUUUUUGGAUCCCACCGCCUCAUGCCCUUGGCGCAGGUAGUCAAUCUAUCAGAUCGUGUUGGCGAAGAACAAACCCAUUCCCCGAGCAGAGACGAGACGAGAGAACUCGGGCAUGAUCAAUAUCUGCCAGAGACAUCCAGCGGUCACGGCUCCAAGGCUGGAACCGAGCCACCAGCUGCUUGCCAGUCCGACAGCCAUAAAACUAAGUUGCCGUCAGCUGUCGACGGCCUGCACACCGGAGAGGAAAAUAUCCAAGGCAAAUCACAGCCGCAACAGGACUGCCACAUAGCCUCCAACCCUCAACAAGACCACAACACGGCGCAACAGCCAGCCCAGCCAAGUGACGACAUCAGGCGCUUCCUCUUCCACAAUGCACCCUCCCCAAAAGUCCAAGUCUCCGAUCGCCCCAGCCACAGCCAAGCCUCAGUCGAGCCGGCAUCGUGGUCCCAGUCCAAGAGAUGGAUAAGCUCCGAAACUAAGGAGCGAAAGGCGUUUCAGAAGAUGAUGAUGAACCUUCAGUUUAUGAAGGCCGAUCAGUCACCCUUCGUUCCCAAGACGCCUGCGGAAUUGGCAAAGUUCAAGAUUUCGCUUGCAGAAGCCAAACGACAGAAGCUUGCCCAAGAGGUCAGCAUUUUGGAAGAGAAAAAUCGACAGAAGGAGCUCGUCAAGGCGUCAGGUACGAUUUCGGUAUCCCAGCCGCGGAUGGCUCUAUUUAACGGGCGAGACAUGGGGGACGAGCUCUCCCCAGUCUUUGCUGUUCAGAAUUGCUUCAACAAACAAGAUACGGUCGAAGUGAACAAACGUGCGGAAUGGCCAUCGAUGGCCGAGCUAAAAGAAGACGGCGACAGGCGUGCUAAAUGUGGUCGAAUCCUCCCUCUUCCUCGAAUCAAAGUCAUUGCUCUUCAACAAGUCCGCGAGAGAGAGCAAGAACACGCGCCCAACGGAGACGGAUCCAUCUUGUAGGAGAAGAAGGCCGUGGAAUCUGGAUCAUGGAACAUUCCGCCCAUCACACCAAUGCAUGACGGUUCUGGUGCUUUGUCGCAACUCGAGCUCGCUG